CAAAAGCUAGUGUUGAACGUUGAUAGUAGGAAAGGCAUGCAAAGCCAUGCGGAAUUCGUUGAACGACAUAGUACGACGUUCAGCGCGGAUAAAAGAUCUUAAUUCAAUAUCCAGACAUACACCAUUCAUAACUAGUACAUACCAAUAUCAACAUCAAGUGGCAAAUCUUUAUGUCGGAAGAGGAUUACAACCAAUACAAGGCAAGGGACGAAGGCGAAGAAUGGAUGUCUGUACGCUCUGCUCGUGUGCUAUUGUUAGCCCUUUGAUGAGGAAUUAUCUAUUACGGCGAUCAUAUGCAAGCGAGGCUCUUCGAACAAUUGAUACCCCUUGUGAUCAGUAUACAAGAGUAAAGCAGCCAUCCAAAACUUUACCAAAGUUCGAUACCAAGAAAACAGCUGCAGAAUCAAAACAAUCAUCUUUGAUUCAAAUAAUAGAAAAAGCACAUGAAAAAUUCAAGAAUGGCCAUGGUGUCAGCUCCAAGGCCAUGGCAGAGAUAUUGAAACAGCACAAACCUUUAUCUGCACAAUCGAAUCCAGUCAACCAACGUUCUGCAAACUACUACGAAAUGCUGAUUGAAAUGCUAGAGUUCCGAGCAUUGAAUGUUCAGAAAUCGACAUCAUGGGCGAGGGUACGGGAAUUGUUUGAAGAAUACUCUAGCUUACAAGGUACACCAACAUUGCCCAUGCUACAAAUCGCCAUUACUGCGUUUGGAAGAUCAGGACAACUUGGUAAAUGUGAGGAAUUGGUGGAGCAAGUCGAUCGAAUGGAAAAGUUAUCCAGAUCAUCGUACAUCGAAACGCACUAUCGACUCUUUGAGGCGUAUAUGCGACAAGGAAAGAGCAAACCGGCACUUGGAGUUUUACAAGACAUCAAGGUCGAAUUAUCAAAUGAAUCCCUUGUCAAAGCCAUUGAACGAAUGGCAGACGCAGCAGCACGCAUGAACAAUGCCGGUGUUCUUUUCGAGACUUUGGAAUCGGUCGAUAUCUCGCUUAUUGCUAGCAAUAAGCACGUUGCGCGCAAGGUCAUAGAUACGCUGUGGAAAGGGCAGUGGCUGGCGAUAACGGACAUGGUGUGUGAAAACAAGGAGGAGAAAAAUCAAAUGCUCAACACUCUUCGGCGUCUCGACAUUAACAAAAGUCAAGACUUUUCGUUCAUAUGCCAACAUAUCAUUGUGCAAGCAUUACGGAAUUUAGACCAAGUUUCUCGAAAACACAUGCAACUGGAAAAAUCAUCGAAUUCGGGGCAGUGGAUGCCAACACACUAUGCUCAGUUGUUUUUAAUUAGUCGUGUCGCACUAUUGGUCGAGCUUACGCUUACAGCAUUCCCGAAACUACAGCUGCCAUCUCAAUGCAUGCAUGACUUGUCUCAUCUAUUUGCAAUAUCAGGCAAUCCGGAUGCUUCUGAAAAGAUUCUCUGUUUGCUUCGAAAGCGCAACUGUAUACCGAGUGACAAGAAUCCUUCUGAAGUCAUAUCUGCAUUUGAAGCUUCUCAAUUGUCGAGAGAAACAUCGUCGAUAUCCAGUGAUGACAUCCAGACUACCACGACUUUCCCAAUUGAUGCACAACAACAGUCAUCAGUCCGGUUUAACCGUGAUCUGAAUGAUAUUCACUCUCAACAUCUUGCGAAGGCACUUAUGCAGGACUUUUUGGCCAACAAGCAAUGGGAUCAAUGUCUUGUUCUCUACGAAAAAAUGUUGGUUUUGAAUCAAGACUUUGCUCUAAGCGGACAAUCUGGACUUCUCGAAUAUGCAAUUAUUGCUCAUGCUGCCCAGAAACAAUGGAAUGCGUGCCAUACGUCACUGCGUCAAGCGAUUGCACAUCAGAAAGAUGAUCUCUCCAGUGAUUUUCUCAAAAGGCUUCUCAAUAGGAUGGCCCAUCUCUACCAAUUGGAUCGCACUAAUCUAUCUGGCAACCGUAUUGUAAGAGUCAUGGAGAUGGUGGAGAAGACCUGUAAGGUUCAGCUAGAUAUUGCAUAUACCAAUGCCUUGAUCCGCAAGCUGGGAGAAGAACGUGAUCUGCAGGCAGCACGGCGGUUGUACAAGUGGGUUUUAGAGCCACAAGGACAGAAUACCCUUGCAGAGACUUCAACCAGGGCUAUCAAUCGAGCAACUUUCCACGCCAUCAUGAAUGCUGCAGUGCAUAAUAAUGAUAUAGACCUCGCGAUACAGGCAUAUAAAGAUUUAUUACACCGCUGGCGGCCAAGGUUACCGGAGGUCAAGUCAGAGGAAUCUUUGACAGCACAUGAAUCGCAUAUCAACCAGCAUUUGGAACCCACUUUAAUCACGUACAACAUUUUGCUAAAUGCUUACGCUUCGCGUCGGCCAUCGCCCAAGUUUUCUCAGAUAUACAAUCUGUAUCGUCGAAUGCUGAUAAGACAAGUGGAACCUGACCAGGUGACUUACGGUACUCUCGCAAAGGCUUUCUCAAAAGCCGAUGACCAAGAACUUGUCAGAGAAGUGUUGCAUGGAAAACCCAAACCUAUCUCCCAUAAAUAGAACAGAACUGCAUCGUCAUUUCAUGAGCACAAGCUGCCAUUGUAGAAUUAUUUCCAUCCCAACCUUGUAACAUAAUAGGAGCUGAAACUAGAAGAACUGACUAAAAAUGAACGAUCCAUCUUUGAUCAUGA